AAGUCCAAUAGGAAAUCAUCGGAGGGGGCUUGACUGUCUUUUUCUCCCCCUUAAAAAUACAUCUCAGCUCUGGCUUUAAUUCUUUCGUACAUUCAAUCUCAGCCUACCUUGAAAAAUAGGCUACAUCGGCGCUGUGGCUUUAAUUUUUCUUGCACCUUCAGCCCUUUGCCUGCCAAGUUUGCCAAGCCCGAGGAUGCGGUAGCCGGCCCCCACGCAGCAUUGUCCCUCCUCUGUGGCGUUUGGUGUUUGCGUUUUUCACGGCUGGUCAGACGAUUGGUUCGAUAACUUUGGGAUUGCCUUGUUUUCUGGGUGUCUUGGAUUGCCUUGGCGCACGGAAAGAAGAAGGACUCGGCGCGGAGGAGAGAGAGGAGAGGAGAGGAGAAAGGAGGGGGAGAGGGAAACACGGGAGAAGCCUCCAUGUUUCAGUUGCCCAUCUUGAAUUUCAGUCCCCAGCAGGUCGCCGGGGUCUGCGAGACUCUGGAGGAGAGCGGGGAUGUCGAGCGCCUGGGCCGCUUCCUCUGGUCGCUGCCCGUCGCGCCAGCGGCCUGCGAGGUCCUCAACAAGAACGAAUCGGUGCUUAGGGCCCGGGCUGUCGUCGCCUUCCACACUGGCAAUUUCCGUGAACUCUACCAUAUCCUGGAGAACCACAAGUUCACCAAAGAGUCGCACACGAAGCUACAGGCGCUGUGGCUCGAAGCGCACUACCAGGAGGCUGAGAAGCUUCGGGGACGCCCGCUAGGGCCGGUGGACAAAUACAGGGUGAGGAAGAAGUUCCCCCUGCCCAGAACCAUAUGGGAUGGAGAGCAGAAAACCCACUGCUUCAAAGAGAGAACCCGGCACUUGUUAAGAGAAUGGUAUUUGCAGGAUCCCUAUCCAAAUCCUAGUAAAAAGAGGGAGCUUGCACAGGCUACUGGACUUACACCCACACAAGUAGGAAACUGGUUCAAAAAUCGCAGACAAAGAGACAGAGCGGCGGCUGCAAAGAACAGGCUCCAGCAGCAGGUCCUUUCGGGCGGCUCGGUUCGCUCCCUGGCGGACGAGGAUGGCACCGUGGACCGCCUGGGGAACUCGUCCAGUCCAGAGGCCAGUCUGUCCAGCAAAGCAGCCGCCUCGGCCAUCUCCAUCACCUCCAGCGACAGUGAAUGUGACAUCUGACGGGCAGAUCGAGGGUGUUAAUGAAUUAAGGGGGAUACGAGUGAAAGACAAUCCAAUAAACAAGUCAUAGUGCCUGCGUUGAGUUAAAAAAAAAAAAAAAAAAAAAAAAAAAAAGAACACACACACACGCGCGCGCAUAUACACACACACACUUACACACAAACUGAUAUUUGACGGCUGCCAAAACAUGAAGGGAUCUGUGAUCUGCUGCGGACUGCCCGUCAUUAUCCUUUUAGGCCUAUACUUUUGUUUGCGUUUUACCCACGUCCGGAUAACUGAACUUAACACUUGGACGAGACACAUUUCACGGACUAAUAAGCCAACGCUUCGAGAUGAAACGUAAAAAAAAAAAAAAAAAAGAAAAUAAAUGAAAGGAAAAAAAAAAGGAAAAGGGA